AUGUCAUUCAUUCAUUCUUUCUUUCUUUCUGUCAUUCUUUCAUUCUUUCUUUCAUUCUUUCUUUCAUUCAGCCAUUCUUUCUUUCUUUCAGCCAUUCUUUCUUUCUUUCUUUCAUUCUGUCUUUCUUUCAGCCAUUCUUUCUUUCUUUCAGCCAUUCUUUAUUUCUUUCUGUCAUUCUUUCAUUCUUUCUUUCAUUCUGUCUUUCUUUCAGCCAUUCUUUCUUUCUUUCAGCCAUUCUUUCUUUCUUUCUUUCUGCCAUUCUUUCAUUCUGUCUUUCUUUCAGCCAUUCUUUCUUUCUUUCAGCCAUUCUUUCUUUCUUUCUUUCUGCCAUUCUUUCAUUCUUUCUUUCUUUCAGCCAUUCUUUCUUUCUGUCUUUCUUUCAGCCAUUCUUUCAUUCUUUCUUUCUUUCAACCAUUCUUUCUUUCUUUCUUUCAGCCAUUCUUUCAUUCUUUCUUUCUUUCAGCCAUUCUUUCUUUCUUUCUUUCUGCCAUUCUUUCAUUCUUUCUUUCUUUCAGCCAUUCUUUCUUUCUGCCAUUCUUUCAUUCUUUCUUUCUUUCAGCCAUUCUUUCUUUCUUUCUUUCUGCCAUUCUUUCAUUCUUUCUUUCUUUCAGCCAUUCUUUCUUUCUGCCAUUCUUUCAUUCUUUCUUUCUUUCAGCCAUUCUUUCUUUCUUUCUUUCUGCCAUUCUUUCAUUCUUUCUUUCUUUCAGCCAUUCUUUCAUUCUUUCUUUCUUUCAGCCAUUCUUUCUUUCUUUCUUUCUGCCAUUCUUUCAUUCUUUCUUUCUUUCUGCCAUUCUUUCUUUCUUUCUUUCUUUCAGCCAUUCUUUCUUUCUUUCUUUCAGCCAUUCUUUCAUUCUUUCUUUCUUUCAGCCAUUCUUUCUUUCUUUCUGCCAUUUUUUCAUUCUUUCUUUCUUUCAGCCAUUCUUUCUUUCUUUCUUUCUGCCAUUCUUUCAUUCUUUCUUUCUUUCAGCCAUUCUUUCUUUCUUUCUUUCAGCCAUUCUUUCUUUCUUUCUUUCUGUCAUUCUUUCAUUCUUUCUUUCAUUCUGUUUUUCUUUCAGCCAUUCUUUUUCUUUCAGCCAUUCUUUCUUUCUUUCUGUCAUUCUUUAUUUCUUUCUUUCUGUCAUUCUUUCAUUCUUUCUGUCUUUCUUUCAGCCAUUCUUUCUUUCUUUCUUUCUUUCUGUUAUUCUUUCAUUCUUUCUUUCUUUCAUUCAGCCAUUAUUUCUUUCUUUCUGUCAUUCUUUCUUUCUUUCAGCCAUUCUUUCUUUCUGUCAUUCUUUUGUUAAUCUUUCUAUCUGUCUCUCUCUCUCUCUCUCUCUUUCUCUCUUUCUUUCUGUCUUAUGUUCAUAUCUUUCUUUUUUUUCUUUCUUUCUUACCUAG